UUCAUACUUUCAAUCAUCAUGCAACCGACGAUCGGCGGCGGCGCACGCUGUGCCAAGUAUCUCCUCGUUAUCUUCAACCUCCUCUUCCUGGUCCUCGGAGGCACCAUUCUCGGCCUCGGCAUUUACACGACCCAGCGCGGCAGCAUUGAGCAGCUCAAGAGCUUCAAUCUCUCAUGGGGUCUGAUUAUUGUCGGCGCCUUUAUUUUCCUCCUCGCAUUCUUUGGCUGCUGCGGCGCCAACCGAGAGAGCCGCGGCAUGCUUAAGGCUUACUUUGCUUUCAUGAUCAUCUUCAUUGCCGCCCAAAUCACCAUCGCUGUCGUUGCUUGGAAGUACUCUGGUGAUCUCGACGAGUCGCUGUUUGACUCGUUCAACAGCGCAGACACCGACACCAAGAACGACAUCCAAAACGACCUCAAGUGCUGCGGCUUCUGGAACAGCACGGACUCGACCACCACCGACCCCAAGAACGUCUGCCACAUUCCCCAACCCGGCUAUGCCAACGGUUGCUAUGAAGACAUCAAGCACGAGCUGAAGCACUAUGCCAACAUUGCCAUUGGUGCUGGCUCUGCUGCCGCCGCCAUCGAGCUGCUCGGCCUUGUUUUCAGCUGUGUUCUUCUCUCGUCCAUCCGCCGCAAGGAGGACGAGGAGGCUCUCCUUCGCGACGCUCGCGCCUACAACCAGUUGAGUGUUGUUUUUGACGGUUGUUGUUGGUUUCUUUGUGCGGGAUGA